CUGCUGUGAGACUCUGCCCAACGCUGCUCAGCCUUUAGAAGCACCAGAGCUCUGGACAGCAGGAACCGGACUCUGUGGAUGAAGCCUUGAUGAUGGACUUUACGGAGCUGCUGCUGCUGGUGCUCAGCCUUCACGGUGCAGUGUGUGCAGUGGUGCAGUGGCCAGAGUUGAAUGAAGCAAAGGUCUAUUUGAGGCAGUACGGCUACCUGAGUGUUCCAGCUGAUCCAAAAGACCACGAGAACCUGGAGGAGAUCAUCGAAGCUCUUAAAGUCUUCCAGAGGGUGAACGAUCUGCUACCUACUGGAGAGGUGGAUAAAGAUACCCUGGAGGUGAUGAGGCAGCCUCGCUGUGGUGUGGAAGAUCCCUUUAAUAAGAAGUUCCUCAAGUACAGAGUGAUGGGUCGAUGGAGAAAAAAGAGUCUUACCUAUCGUAUCUACAACUACACGCCUGACAUGUUGAAGUCAGAGGUCCGGGCCGCCAUCCGGUCUGCCUUCCAGUACUGGAGCGAUGUGGCAGCUCUGACCUUCAGAGAGGUCGACUACGGCAGAGCAGACAUAAGAAUCUUGUUUCAUAAGAAAGACAACUACUGCUCCGUCCCAUUUGAUGGCCGAGGUCAAGUUCUGGCUCACGCUGAACCGCCAGAGUCCGGUGUUGUCCAUUUCGACGAGGACGAGUUCUGGACAGAAGGAUCAUAUUACGGCACUAAUCUGCGUAUUGUGGCGGCCCAUGAAAUAGGCCACGCUCUCGGACUGGGUCACUCCCAGUUCAGAAGUGCUCUGAUGGCGCCGAUUUACGGUGGUUACCGUGCCAACUUCAGGCUGCAUUCAGAUGAUGUGAAAGGCAUCCAGACUCUAUAUGGCCAACGCAGCACUUCAGACAACACGUCCCCUCCAGAGAGCCAGUCUCCAACUCAGAGCAGCUUUGAGAGCGACAGGAUUCCUGAUCCGUGCACCGCCACGCUGGACGCCAUCAUGCUAGGCCCGUGGGAUAAGACCUUUGCUUUCAGUGGUGAGUACUUCUGGACCGUCACAGACCUGGGCCACAACACCCCUAUAAAGAUCAGCAGACUGUGGAGGGAACUCCCUGGAAACCUGAACGCUGCCGUCCACUCUCAGAGAACCAACAAGACGUACUUUUUUAAAGGCAGUAAAGUGUGGAGGUACACGAGGUUCAUGCUCGACUACGGCUACCCCAAACAGGUGAAACGCAUCCCUCCUGAUGUCGAUGCAGCCUUGUACCUGCAGAAGAACAAGAAGCUAAUCUUCAUAAAGGGAUCAGAGUACUGGCAGUUUGAUGAGCUGAGCUACAACAGUAUGACUUUCUACCCCAAACCGCUCAGCAUGCUCUUCACCGGAGCGCCCUCCACUCCUGACGCAGCCUUCACCUGGACCAACGGCAAGAUCUUUUUCUUUAAGGGAGACGAGUACUGGAGAGUGAACGAGCUGCUGAUGGUGGACAGAGGAUACCCUCUGAGCAAGAAGGAGCGCUGGAUGCGCUGUUAGAGCCCAAACAUUAGAGGGCAGCAGGUCCCCUGGUGUUCACAUGCAGUGAUUGGAGAUCACUGAUUUGAUUUCACUGGAUCUUUUACCAAGCUACACCUCAAAGCAGGCUGGUUUUUAUCAGGUUUUUACUGUUUAGGAUGACUGAAUUAUGCAAGCU